UCACUUCCGGGUGAUGCAGAAUGGCAGAUGCCGCUAAAUAUCAGAAAUUAGCUUCAGAAUACGCCAAGUUAAAAGCUCAGAUACCAGUACUGAAGAAAGCUUAUCUCGACGAGCAAGGCACAAGUAAUGAAUAUAAGGAACAGCUCAAAGCAAAGGAUCAAGCUUUACGAAAGUAUGAACAGGAAGUUGACAGUUUGUCAUUCAGAAACCAACAACUCUCCAAACGUGUACUUUUUCUCCAGGAGGAACUUGAUACUAUAGAGGCAACAAAGAAAAAAAAGAACAGAAAUGCAGAACAGCCUGCAGCAGCACCUACAUCACCGGGGGUCUACAGUGAGGAACUCUUCAGUAAAAUCCAGGAGAAUGAGAGAUUGCACAAACAGGUUGAUGAUAGUAAUCGUAAAUACCAAACACGGAUACAGGAACUGGAGACAAAGCUGGAGUACUUCGAGAAGGAAUGUAACCAGCAUCAACAGGUGCUUCAGUCUACGCUGCAGAAGAGCAAGGAUCAGAUAGAUAGACUGCAGCAGGAGAAAGCCAUGGUCGAGGUUAAAUUGCAAAAAUUGGAGUCUGAUGUGAAAAGUUACCGAUCAAGAGCUGAGCUAUCAGAGGAAAAACUAGACAGUGUUCAGUCCCGACUGCAAGAUGAUCUUCAACAGGCUAGAAAAAUAAUUGCUGACAAACUUCCUUUUAUAGAUACUAAACACAGAGACUUAAAUUGCUUGAACCUGCCCACCCAUGAUAGAAAACACCAGCUGCGAGCUCGAGAACUGGUGAGCCAGUCGGUGAACCAUCUGUCGGAACUGGUUCAGGCUUUAUCAAACUUCUACACCUACUCGGAACAGAGGUCCAAAAUCUACCCAAAUGAUGGCAUCAACGAACCUCUAAGUCCCAUCAACCUAGUGUAUUGUAAAUAUCUCCAUGAGAAUGUGAGUUAUCUGCGCCCCUGUGAGCAAGCUCUUCGGUCCUUCCUGGGUACCCUGAAUGAAGAUUCCUUAACAACUCUGGAAACAGCAACAGACUUAUUUGUGUUUUCGAAGAAUUUUAAAGGUCUUGUGGGGUACAUGAACAAGUUACUGCCAUAUCAACUGGCUAGUAUAGAGGAAGAAUGUGCUCUCUCCUCUUGUACUUCAACUUUGGAGAACAAAAACAUGGAUCUUCAUCAUUCCCUUAAACAUCUCACCUCCGUGUUCAACAAACUAGACACAUAUAUCACUUUACUAGCUACACAAAGUCAAAAUCACUGCCAUUAUCCACAUCAAAACCAUUUCUCAUUCUUUGUGUGUUUAUCCAAAGUGCUACAGGAUUUAGACACAUCAGUCAGAGAUGUGUCGAAACAUUAUAAUUCUAAAGUGUCUCUAGAACAUCAGUUACCCACGGCAACACAAAAACUUAAAACUACAGAUGAAUGUAUUGUUUCAUCUCUCAUCUCCAUGGUAACAUGUACAGGAAAGGUUUCAGCAUUCUUUUCUGGAAAUAUUGACUUCUUCAAGGAAAACCCAGGUUACAGAACGCGUGGCAGCAGUAUAGGUACAGACACUACUAUGGAUGGACCUCGUUCUGGUCCCGCUACUGUCUGUUUCAGACAGAAGGCAGCAACCUACCUUUCCCAACUGUCUGGGCCCUGCCCAGAAACUGUUCCUCAUAGCAUUGCAGUACAGAACCGGAAAGUGCUACUUAGCUCCACAGAAAGUCGUGAGGGACUCUCUAAACAACUAACGACUGCCCAAACCCGAGUCAACAAGCUUGAACAGGAGAAAGAACACUGGAUGUUGGAACUACAACUACUACAGAUAAAGCAUGACAAAGAAACAGAGAAAGUGCAGAAACUUGAAAAACAGUUAGCAAGCAAGCUUGCCUCUGGAGCUGUCCAAGACUCUAUAGAAGAUAACAUCAUUAAAGAACCUACAACCAGGACCUCCUCGACAGACGCUGUCGUACCUCAGACUUCAGAAGCCAAGGCUGCCAUGUUUGGUAAGUUAGACAUGGUGUCCGCUGGUUCUAGUGAUGCAGAGACAAGAGAGGUCCUGAUCAAGAAUCAUUUCACGAACAGAAUUAAUGAACAGGCUCUACAACUACAGCUGGUUGAGAGUAAGGCUGUCAACUUUCACUCAGAGGUGCGUGCAUUACACAAACAGCUGCAGAUUGCGGAGAAAUCUAAAACAAGAUGUGAAGAGGAGCUCAAGGAUUCAUCGCAAGUACUCGCUCAGCUCAAGGAUGAACUACAGACAACAACAAAAAGCUAUGAGGGUCAGCUCAGUAUGAUGAGUGAACAUUUAGCCAGUAUGAAUGAAAAACUGGCCCAACAAAAAGAUGAAAUUGAUGAACUUAAGUCACAGAAGGUACAACCACCAAAGGAGAAAAAGAAAUUCAGAAAAUGAUGAAUUCAUAUUGGUGAAGAACAUUAUGAUGGAAACAGCAGAUCCAGAACAAUGGAUGUUGAGUUCUCGCAGUUGACAGAAUUUCUGUGACAACUGUGGGUGAUAAGUGAUUGCGGUGGACAGAAUUUCUGUGACAACUGUGGGUGUUUAAUGAUUACAGUUGACAGAAUUUCUGUGACAAAUGUGGGUGUUUAACGAUUACAGUUGACAGAAUUUCUGUGACAACUGUGGGUGAUAAGUGAUUGCGGUGGACAGAAUUUCUGUGACAACUGUGGGUGUUUAAUGAUUACAGUUGACAGAAUUUCUGUGACAACUGUGGGUGAUAAGUGAUUGCGGUGGACAGAAUUUCUGUGACAACUGUGGGUGUUUAAUGAUUACAGUUGACAGAAUUUCUGUGACAACUGUGGGUGAUAAGUGAUUGCGGUGGACAGAAUUUCUGUGACAACUUUGGGUGUUUAACGAUUGCAGUUGACAGAAUUUCUGUGACAACUGUGGGUGUUUAAUGAUUACAGUUGACAGAAUUUCCGUGACAACUGUGGGUGUUUAAUGAUUACAGUUGACAGAAUUUCUGUGACAACUGUGGGUGUUUAAUGAUUACAGUUGACAGAAUUUCUGUGACAAAUGUGGGUGUUUAAUGAUUACAGUUGACAGAAUUUCUGUGACAACUGUGGGUGAUAAGUGAUUGCGGUGGACAGAAUUUCUGUGACAACUGUGGGUGUUUAAUGAUUACAGUUGACAGAAUUUCUGUGACAAAUGUGGGUGUUUAAUGAUUACAGUUGACAGAAUUUCUGUGACAACUGUGGGUGAUAAGUGAUUGCGGUGGACAGAAUUUCUGUGACAACUGUGGGUGUUUAAUGAUUACAGUUGACAGAAUUUCUGUGACAACUGUGGGUGAUAAGUGAUUGCGGUGGACAGAAUUUCUGUGACAACUG